AUGACUAAGCAGUCACAUGCCGGCUACGGUUGGCGGGAGUGUCCACUGACGUCCGUCCCCCAGCCAUCAUCAUCGACAACCGCCAGCGACAAAGCGCCCGUGAUAUCAACUGCUGGAUGCCAACAUACCCGUUUCCCGCUCAAAACUGGGGAACUGCAUAGUCUUGCUCGACCAUUCUUGACGCCUCAAUUCCAAAGCUUUUUCCCUCUCCAGUUACGCAGCUAUGGUGAGUCGCAGCUCCCUGCUAACGAACGACUGAACUUGCAGCUCGGCCGCCUGACUCAUUAUGCCUUCGAUGCUGUCCUGAGUACGUUGCCAUCUAUUCUCUUUGUGUCGCUUGUCCGUGAUCGCAUGGGUUCCAGGGAAACCUCCCCGAGUCAUCAACAACUCGAUCGGGCAGCAGUGUUUUGCUAG